ACAGUCCGCACUGAGAAGUCAGUGAAUAGCAUCCUGCUUUUAAGUUUACAGCGCGUGAUUUUUUCGAGACGUUUUUGACAGGAGCUUUCACUGAAAAAGUUUGCCGUCUCACCCACUAUCAGGGUCUCCUUUAGGGUUACUUGCCUAUCCGAUCAUUGACGUUUUUUUUAAUGUGGUUAUCCUUGUGUUUUGGUUUCUUUGUGAUUUAUUGACCACAACACAAUAAGUGUAAUAGCGAUGAACUUGUGACGAAUAAUAAGUGUUAAUAAACCAAACAGUGACGAUCGUUUUUCUUUUUGAAAACUGUUAAUGAAAUGAAUUAGUUUUUGUUUAUUAACAACUUUUUGUGACUAUUGUGGAAAUAACAUAUUUUUAGUGUUGUGGUUUUAAAUACUUAAGUGGAGUAGUUCUUGUUUUUUCGUGAAAAAGUCAGGUGUUGCCCAAUCAUUGAGGGUAGCAUGAUAACGAUGGAGUGUCAGCCAGGCGGUCAUGGGGGACCACUGGGACACUCCAUGAUGUUAGAUCCCUCAGGAGGUGGAAUGCAUCAGCAGGACAACGAACACAAGAAGAAACUUUUUUCAGGGGACGGAGGUUCCCACGUUGGAUCUUCUUCUAGUGACGGUCAUGGGGGCGUUAACCAGCUGGGUGGAGUCUUCGUUAACGGUAGGCCUUUACCGGACGUAGUAAGGCAAAGGAUAGUUGAAUUAGCUCACAAUGGAGUGCGACCCUGUGAUAUUUCCAGACAGUUGAGGGUGUCACAUGGUUGUGUAUCCAAAAUUUUGUCAAGGUAUUAUGAAACGGGUAGUUUUAAGGCCGGUGUAAUCGGCGGUUCAAAACCAAAAGUUGCAACUCCUCCAGUGGUAGAUGCUAUAGCAAAUUACAAAAGGGAAAACCCUACUAUGUUUGCCUGGGAAAUUCGUGAUAGGCUCCUUGCAGAAGGAAUUUGUUCCCAAGACAAUGUACCUAGUGUAUCUUCAAUUAAUAGGAUUGUAAGGAACAAAGCUGCUGAGAAAGCAAAACAUGCGCACCAAAUAGCAACAAGUAACGCUGCCUCAUCAGUUAGUGGAGGACCUGUAUCUGUGAUCGCGCACGCGCCAGCAACCCAACUGAAUGAACCCAGAUCGGGUGCUUAUAGUAUAAAUGGUAUUUUAGGUUUACAACAUGAUCCAAAUGGUAAUAGUAUAAAACGGAAAAGGAUAGACGAUCAUGAUGAAAACAAGGACUUAAAUGGACACCCGGAAGAUGACUUCAAGAGGCAGAGAUCACAGUAUAAUGGCGACCAACUUUAUUCAAAUCUGUGGACACCGGGAAAAUGGAACAUAAAAGACGAGCACAAAUUACUGUCUGAAUUAGGAGGAGCGGGCACCACUACAGGACAGACAGGAUACUACGAUACCCAUGGAGGUUUUGGCGGUGUUAAUAACGUAAGUUCUGCGUCAGAUAUCUACGAGACCAUAAACACAAUGAGCCAAGCGUCGUCGCAGAAUCUGUAUACGCCUCCUUUGGCUGGUUCAUUAGGUUCCAAUUCAUUAACACCUCUGGCUCCAAUAACAAUGCACGAAAUGAAAAUAGAAACCUCGAGGAUACUGGAUCCAUCAAUGUCUCCUUAUCAUUCCGCUGAAACUAGUUCUCCAUACAGUGGCGUUGUCGGUCUGGGUGCUGCUGUGGAUGGUUCAUCACCUGGAUUACCGCUCGCGUUACCCGCAGAACCAGGAAGUCAACCCGCGUCUCAUACAGGAUCACCUGAUCCAGCGGCUUUAACAGUGCUCCAGCCUUCCAAUGGAGCAUCUCAACAUUAUACGACGAUGUUGCCCAAUUUUGGUUACUCGACCACAGGGACUACGAUGGUACCAGGAACUGAUUACGCUUACAGCACAGCCUACAGCCAGUAUGGCGCGGCAUACGGCACUUACGGAUAUGGUAGUGCGUCUAGCGGGUUACUCAAUAGCGCGUACUAUUAUAACAACGAUAUUACCCCCAACGGAAUCAACAAUAAUGAACCAACACAGCUCGGUUUCAUAAACUCAAAUACAAAUACAGACCAAAGCAGUCGGAGUCCUCUAGCGGCGACUAGAGCUAAUUCUUUGGCUUCAGCAAACUCUCCUACUGAAAGUGGAAGCGCCUGUUUGAAAACAGAGAACAUUUUUAACCACAAUGUAAACUUAGCUUAGGUUAUUCGCCGCUAGCUGUUACUAGAAUGUAGAAUGGGAUGUCUAUUUUAUUUCGGUUGGAUUGAAUAUAAAAAUACAAGGGUUUUAAUUUUAUGAGAUUCAUGACUGUCGAGUGCGAAAAAGUAUAUGUACAUAUUUUAAAUGAAUAGUACAGUAUCAUUUAAGGAUUGCUUUUACCUAAGUGUAAUUUCAAAUAAUCCUACUGUCACAUAAAAAUGGUCAUUGAUUUCAUGUAUUAAAAAUAGAUUCAACACAUGAUAAAUUAUCGAAUCUAUACUUAUGAUAAUAAUACCAAUAGAAUGUUUCCAAGUCUAAAAUCGACAAAAUCCGUAUGAACAAAGUACGAUAUGGUCAUAAACUUGCUUAUUAGUUUGAGAAUUGACCAUAGUAAAUUUUAAUGAUAAAAACCAACUUAAAUCUAAAAAAUUUAGCAGUUUGUGGUAUUUUUCCAACUUUUAUUUUACUACUGUUUCCAAUUUGUAUGCUUGACCUUUGUAUGACCUUUCGAUACUGAUGCUCUUCUGAAACAACAUCUAAUCAAAAAUAAAAUGACGUCCUAUAAUCAGAAAAGAAAGAAUGAGUAUAAAUGUGGAAUCUGUACGGAAGAAUAAUGAACGCGUGUAGAUAAGAUAUUUGUAGUAUUUGUUUUUGUAAAAUUACUUGUGUUUAGAUAAAUUGAAAUCAUGAAAAUACUUAUUGUAAAAUAUACAUUGGUCUCAGAAUACUACGAAGAAUCUAUGUUAUUUAUUUACACUAUAAUUUUUAAUGUGUUUUUAUUGUCUAUAGUAUAUUUUAUUUUAUCAUAUUUUAGCGACUAAGAUACACCAAAGAUAUGUUUUAUUAUAUUUUAUUUGUAAUCGCACGUUAUCAUAUCAAUUAGACUAAGAAGAAAUAAAUUUCAGAUUAAGCAAAAUAUUGAAUUGAAUAACUUAUUUACACUUCUUUUCAACAGUUGCUAUUUAAACUUUGAGCUAUACAGGGUGUUUCGUAAGUAAUAUAAAAUAUUGUACUAGGCGCAACGUCACUUCAAUUUAGGACGAGAAUUUACUAUAAAUAUAUGAGAUAAGUUUUGUCAUUAAUGCGAUAAAGGGUGCUGAAUUGUUUGUAAUAAAUGAGCUCUGACUGUAAGCUAUCAUGCUAAAUCGAAGAAUAUUAUUAGAUGACCUAGUCAUGUGAGAAUUUCACAAAUGACUAACCAGAUUAUUCAAAUUAUUGACCCGCAUUCAGAAACGAAUAUCCGAAAAAUUGCUGAUGAAGCUAAUGUUGGUAACAUAAUUAUUUGGAAUAUUCGAAGAGAUAAUUCAUUGCAUCCAUAUCGCGUUCAACUCAAUUGCUACCUACUAUCUAUCCGCUCCGUACACAAUAUUGCCAAUGGAAUUUGAAUAAAAUUUCAAACAAUUCUAAUUUUUAUUCUGUUUACAUAUGAAGCCAACUUUUAAAGAUACGUUAUUAUGAAUUUUUAUAAUGACCACAUAUGGGCAGAUGUAAAUCGACAUGCAACAGUUGUAGCACGGUUCCAACACUACUUUUCGGUCAAUGUUUGGCUUAGAAUCAUCGAAACUUAUAUAGGAAAAUCUUUUCGUUCUGCAAGGUUGACCAGUCAGACAUGUCAUUUUCAAGAAAAUAAACUUCCAGUUCUUUUGGAGGAUGUAUAUUUAUUAUUAGAAAGUGCAUGUGGCUCAUGCAUGACGGUGGGCUACAUUUUGCAGUGAUUGUACGCUAGUUUAUAAAUAAUGCUUCUCUAGACCAUUAGAUCAGACGAGGAGUUCCGCACCCGUGUCCCCCCAGGUUACCUAAAUAAAAUCUUCUGUAGUUACGUGUGGUGGGGGGGGGGUAUCGAAAAUCGCUCAUUCACACAACCCCGAUAUUGAACCUAAAAGAUCUUCAAAAUCGUAUCAAACAAGGGUGGAAUGUUAUUGGUAACCAGCCUCGUAUAUUUGAACGUAUUCGGCAAUUCGUUAGACGUCUAGCACAUUUUGAACAUAUACUCUGACUAUUUUUCCUUUAUGUGUAACACAUGUUGUUACUUGUAUUAAAAUAAUAAAAUAUUUCUCAUUAACUACAAGAAUUAUCACACAUAUUAUAAGAACGUCUUAUGGAGAGACGAAGCGCCCACUACAAUAUUUUAGAAUACUGAGGAAACACGGAAACAUCUUGUAUAAAUACAAAUUUGUUUUAUAUAUUAGAGGCAAAACUCAUAUUUUUCAUGGAUUCAUUUUUGUUUGUGAAAUACUUCAGUCAAAUUGGAGUUGUUUCAUUAUUGAUAUGCAGCAAUAAAUUCCAGAAUCAGGAUUUUAAUGUUAUUAACAGCAUUCUUGAUAAUGCAACUAAUGGAAAAAAAUGGACGGAAUCAAGGAUUUUUUCUAAAGCUAUCGGGAGAAUAUAAUCUAGGUACACAGGUAGAACUUUUUUAAUACGUAUAUUUUCUUAUUUUUUGAGUUAUUAUUUUCCUUUGUAUCUUGAAUAUGCUCUUUAUUUUAUUUUGAGGGGGAGUUUAAAAUUCUAAGAACCAACUGGCAAGAUCAGUACUAAUAACUUAAGCGGUAACUAUACGAGAGACGUUUGAUAUUCCUUAAAAUGAUCUAUCAAACAUACAUCACAUAAAAGCUUAUGAAUUCGAAAUAUUCACAUUUAACUUAAUUUAUCAAAUAAUCAAAAUACUUUGCUUAUGUAACUGACAUGGAAAUUACUAAGUGGAAAGCAAUGUACUCAUUGUGAUUGGUGCAAAAUGUGUUAUUUUUCCGUUUUUUGGAGAAAUGGUAAUAACUAAUAUCUAAAUACUCAGAUUAAUGAUUGAAUAUCUUGCCCCUGUAGUUAAAUCUAUAGCAACGAAUAUACUUGUUGUACUUUUCAAUAAUAUAAUAAUUUAUAGAAAAGAUAUCAUUUUAAUAAUAGCUAUAGAAUUUAUCAUCGCUCCAAUCUCUAUUGAGCUCAGCCUCUUGUGGAUAAAGAACUAGGCUACACUUGAAUAGAUGGAAAAAACGGAGUAUCCCUGUCGAAACAAGUGAGAUAGUGAACAAAUUGAAUUUUAAUAUUCCAGCUGUAACAUUGUGUAUACAUAAACAUAAAAUAGAUGUCGAAACAAUUUUUUGAAUUAUGAAAAUAAAUCUUCAUGGGAUAUUACGCAAAAAACUACCAUGAUAGGGAUCGAUUUUUUCUCAAAUGUAUUUUAAUGUAUCUGGUAACAUACUGAAGUAUUCGAAAAAUUGUUAGAAACUUGCAGGUGUCUAAAUAAAGUGGAAUAUUUUAAGUUUUCGCUAUAUUUGAAUAAUUCGACAACCUCGACUUUGUUUGCACUAUAACCUCCAUUAUCUGACCAACAAAUUAACGUGUUAUUUAGAAGGACAGUUCGUCAGAAUACGCAUCCAAUUUAACUGUGGACAUAUCAAUCGGUUUCUCUAAAACUAUUUUCAAUUUUGAGAUCAUCAGUUGUUGAAUUGUUUCUCAAGAGAAAAAAUAUCUAUGUGUUUAUGGGAAAACUUCCUAUUACGACUUUUCUAGUAUUUCCACCGUGAUUCUUGCACCAUCUGGUCGUGCGCUAUCGUGAUAAAUAUUUUCUUUUUUUCUCAAAGCUCAGUCCUCCUUUUCCAAUUCUGUGAAUACUUCACUUGUGAUGGUUGGUAGAUGUUAAUAAAUAAUUCCUCCUCCAACUCAUAUUUGAUUUCUGCUAACAAUAUGCCACCAGCAGAUUUGAUUGAUGAAGAGAGAACUGCAGAUUGCGUUAAUUUAUAUGGAGCCCACUUCACAAACUUUGGAAUAUUACCAAGAGACCGUAAUUGAUUGCAAGUAAUUUUUGGUAAACAAUGAAGUUGUUGCAAGCUUUUGUUGCGUUAUAUGUGGAUUUAUAACCAAUUUAAGGGAACAAUAAAAAACGUAUAUAUGGAGAAAUAUUUGAUAGUCUCUAACGUGUUUAACUUUUUAUAACAUGUUAUAACGUGCUAUGUACAUUUGAUACAUUUCCAAUUUUGUAUUGAUAAAUCAAUGAAAUUCAUAAGCUCGAAAUGAUGGUUAUAUUAAUAAAUCGUCGUCGAGCGGUAUAUUCUGAACAGGAAUUUCAACUGUUCAUUGAAAGUUUUCUUGAAUAACGCGAGGCAACUACUAAAUAAUGAUAUUGUACUAUAUCUUGUAGUAAGAACAAUAUAUUUCCUGACCACAAUGUAAAUUGUUAGCUGAUGGUGAGAAGUAUUGAAAUACGGCGAUAUGCUUUUGGCACAAAGUAUACUUAUAACUUUUUUCUGAAACCUUAUUAUCUAGAAAAUCAUUUCCUUAAUAAACUCCAGUUGAGUAAUACAUAUCAUAUCCCAAUUAUUUUUGUUACUAAACAAUACUGGGUGGUGGGCAUUUUUUAACCUUCCAUCCUCCUGAGUUUGUCUUUCUCCUGUUUUUAAUUCAUCUUUGACUAUCCUGAUCAUAAAAGCGUUGGUACGUCUUUUUACGACAAUGUCCCGUGGAACUAAGUCUAUAAUAACUUCCAUAGGUUCUGUUGGAUAAUUUAUCAAUGUUCAUGUAAUACAAAUAUAUGCUACAUAUAUGUUUUAACCAUGUUUUCACUGGAUAAAUCCUAGGAUCUAGAUCAUUUCUUGUCAUUACGAAAUGUGAAUAUUUUAUUAAGGUGCUAUAGGACUAUUGCUUUGAAAUUAUUGUUAGUAAGUACUACGAUCUAUUUCGUUGAUUUAUGUCACGCAUUAUAAAACUCAUAUACUCUGUUCAUACUUCGUAUCGACUCCAAUUAGUUAUUUAUUUUAUUAUGGUCUUAAUGGGAAAAUCUAUUCACAAUGUACCAUUCAUGCGUCUACUUAAAAUACAGUGUGAAAGGAGUAAUUUUUUUUAGAUCCAAAUUCACAUCAAAUAGUGACACUAGGAAGUCUUUUAUUUUUCAACUAAGAAAUGUGAAUAUUCUGUGCGUCAAAUGUGGUGAUUUUGAUUAUUACAAUAAUUUUUGUAUCCAUUAUACUUCUGCAAGCAUAGAGAGAGAGAGAGAGAGAGAGAGAGAGAGAGAGAUUUGUGAAAAGCUGGAAAUACGUAAUUCUUGUCACAGACAUUGGAUUGAUUUUCCUGGCAACUUUUUCAAAAUGAACAUUUAAACAUUCCAUUUUGAUGGAUAAGACCCUCAUCAUUAUCGCAAAGUACUGACGAUAAAUUUCUAUUUGAAUUUUGAAACUACAGAUACCUUCAAUAUGCAUACUAGAAAAACUAUAUAUUAUUGUAAAAUAUAGACUCUUGUUAUUAUAUUUUGAUAAGAAUUAUAGUGAAAUUAGCUUGAAAAUAUAUUCCAUCUUCUUGUUUUUCAUUUAAAUAUAAUUUGAAUCGCUUUGUAGGCUUUUGUUUCUUUCACAUAUGCAAAGAAUUUAUAUGUUUAUAAUCUCCCAAUAUGCAAUACAUAGUUAUAAUGAGUUAAUAAAAUAGCAUCUGUAUGAAUAAAAGUUAUUCUUUGAUUUAAAAUUUAUUUCUGGUAGUCUACGACUAAUUUGUAAGAAGACAUAUAAUAUGAUGUUUUGUUGCAGAUUGUUAAAGAAUUUUUUUGUUAUUCAAUCAUUUUAACGGCACUACGACUGUAAAUUCGCCUGAAAAUUUCAACAUAAAGAAAAAGAAAAUUGACUAGUCACAGAAACGUACUUCAAAUCAUUCAAAUAAUGUCUGAUAUCACUUUGAAUUGAAAUUGUACUAAAAUUUUUUCAUAUCAAUAAUUUUGACCAAAAAAUAUAGGGUUCUGUAAUCGAGUUGCUUUGAAUCUAAGUGCCACAAAUUAUUGUCAAACAAACACAUCCUUUUUAAUCGAGAGAAUACGUUGGAAAUUAUCAUAGUCAAAAGGUUAUACCGCUACUAAUUGUACCUUGGAACUGGCACCGAUUCGGAGUAACUCUAAACAAAAUGGGAUUUAUUUCAGGACAAUCCUUGUUUAUUAUAAAUUAUUAAUAAAAUUAUAAGCCCUUUAAAUGUAGCAACUGACAUUAGUUCCAAAUAUUGAUGAUUGUCUUGCUUACAUGUGUCAUACUUGAUAGUCGGAAAAUCUAAUAUACAUAAUAUAAAUAUUGGAAUUUUUUUCAUAAAUUUUAAACGGAAAAGCCCUGGUUUUUCAUUUCAAAUUUUUUCGUUUGUCAAAAAUAAUCAUUCGAAUAAAGAUUGUCCUGAAACUAUAUGUAUCAUAAUUAAGGUUCAAAUUGUGCUUAUAUUUACUAUGUUCAUAUAUUUCUCAAUUAUUUCUAUGUAUGUAACCAUGUUAUUAUCUCUAGAUUAAUAAUAAUUGAAAUGAUUAUUUAGCUUUUUCUGUUCUAUAAUGAUUGAAUUGAGAAUAUUUUUUGAAACACAAAAAAGUAAUACCUAACCUAAUCUAACCAAAGGAUAUUUCUCUAAUAUGCUAAUUCAUUUUCGAAAAUUCUAAAUGUUACCAUCAUAGAUUUUUUAUGGGAACAAUAAAUUCAAAAGUCAAAUUAUAGAAUCAAAUAUAAUGCUGCUCGAAAUCUUAAUGUUAUGGUAACACUAUUUAUUAGCAAUAUUUUGAAGGUAGUUCAUAAAUAAAUAUAUAAUAGUAAAUAUUUCGCAUGAUGGCCCUUAAGUAUGAAGAUAAAUGUGUUUAUCUUUUAAUAUAUUUUGAAGGUUCAAGAAAAAAUCACAAAUUGUAAAUAAUGUUUCAACUUUUGUAAAAUGUGUAAUAAUUUACCAAAGAAACGGCAAUCUUAUUAAGCGCUGUCACGGUGUUUUAAGUCUUGUAUUGUUUAAAAAUGUGAUAGGCCCACACUAGAGGCCCUGUCUUGCCCUUAAACCAAACCUGUCACAUUCUCUUUUACUUAUAAGCAUCAGUUUAUAUUUAGAAAAAUAAAGUCAAUUUAGUAUA